AUGGAUCAUUCCACUUCUACCAUUAACUAUCUAGAUGUUAGGAUUUCAGUACAACAUGGAGGUCAGGUAACAAAAGAGUUGACUAUAAAUGGAGUGGUCAUACAAUCUGUGGAACUCAAGUGUAACGAUGAUGAUACUCCUUCCAUUUACUUCUGGUAUUUCAUAAAGUAUGGAACAGACAAACCUGUAUCAAUUGCCACUAGUUUUCAUGGAGUGCAGAGUGUUGCUGUCCUACUGGGAGAUGUCAGUCUGAAUGGAAGUAACUUGGUUAUAGACAAUCUACAGAUGGUAGCCGAAGGACGUUACAUGUGCCAUACAGAAGAAGUCACUACAUACAUCGACCUCGCAGUAUUAGUGCCUGUUUUGACCCCCACCUUACAAAUUAAUGUAUCAGUACCCCAGGAAGGAUCUCCAGUCAUGCUAAGCUGCGAUGUUAAAAAUGGUACAGGUCCAAUUGAAUAUAUCUGGCAGAGAACUGUCAUCCAGGAGGGAACAUUUCCUGUGGAGGGUUCAGGAAGUGUCAUUGUCCUGGCAGCAGUGAACAGAUCCCACACAGGCUGGUAUACCUGCACUGUCAAAAAUGCAGUGAAUCAGCAGGUUAGCAUCAGACAUUAUCUGGAAGUCAUUUAUGGCCCAGAUGAACCAGUCAUCAGUAUCCAGCCAUAUGCCAUUAGUGAGAAUGGAUUUGCAGCCAAUGAGCAGGAAGAGGUCAUUCUGAACUGCAUAGCCUCUUCCAAUCCUCCCUGCCAAUAUGUCUGGCUUUAUAACAAUUCUCAGGUCUAUGAUGGCCAGAUGUAUAUCAUUCGAAAGAUCUCCCGAAGUCACACUGGCAUGUACACUUGCUUGGCAAAGAAUGGUCACCUGGACACACACACAACACUUACUGUCAGUCUCACCGUGUACUAUUUACCUGAAGGAUCCCCCUUAUGCACUGCAAUGUCACAUAACAACUACAAAGAGGUGGCUCUUUGGUGUUCAUGGACUGGUGGACUUCCUCUCAUGAAGCUUCAGUGGCUGAAAAUAAGUGAAGAUGAUAAAGUCACUGUGUCAUACUCAAAUGCAACAAAAAUAAUAAAAGGGGAAGACAUAAUAAAUGGGAGCAGAUACACAUGCAAGAUCUCUCAUCCAGCCCUCAAACAAGAUAUCCUUUGCAGUACAACUGUUUCUAUUCCUGAAGAAGGCCCAAAUUGCUCAGCAGUAGCAACAAAACUAGAUGAGUUUAUCAUGCUGACAUGUGAAUGGCAGGGAGGUCUCCCCCUCGUCAUGCUCGAUUGGAACAAUAAACAAAUUGGAGACUCCAAGGAAUCCUCAAAUAUAUAUGUUUUCAAAUCCAAUACAUCAUAUAAUGGGAAAUUAUUUACCUGCAGAGCUCGUCACCCUCUGAGUAAAGAAACAAAGGAGUGCAAUAUCAGACUUGAGGCUCCAACACUGGAUUCUUCUGAGGACAAUACAUCCAUACUUGAAGGAAAUGAAGUCCAUCUAAUGUGCUAUCUGCAACCAUCUAGCCUAACAUCAGAAAUAAUUUGGUACAAUAACAAGAACAUAGAAAUAACGUCUGAUAUGCAGAAGUAUGGCAUGGUGAAGGAUAAUGGGUGGUACAAUUUAACCAUCCAUGAAACAGUUUAUAAAGUAGACAGUGGGCAGUAUCGCUGUUCAGCUUUUAAUGCAGUUGGAAACUCCUCAAUUGUCAUAAAACUUCAAGUAAAACAAUAUCCUGCCCCACCCAAUGUGACAAUCAACAAAUUAUUGUACACCCGACAGAGGACAGAGGUGGACUUGGAAUGGAUGACCAAAGGGCUUGGUCAACUAACAAGCUUCAUGGUUCAGAGGCAGACCAGCAUUCGAUCCUUCCCUGGCCCUAAGAGGUUAGCGCAGAGUGCAUCCUGGGAAACUGUGGCUAAAGAUAUAGAACCUGAUAUUCGUGGACACAAACUAGGAGGAUUAGACCCAACUAAUGUUUAUGCCUUCAGGAUACUGGCAUUGAACCAUAAGACUACAGGAUUUCCUUCUGAGGUGAAAACACCAGCUGAUCCUCCAUUCAAUUCUUAUCCUGCUGUUAUAGGGGCUGGUGUAGCUGGCAUGAUCGUUGCAGGUGUAGCCAGCCUUUUGGUGUUUCAGUACAUUGUGAGGAACCGGGAGAAUAACCCACGUGAGUACAGAAGCUUUUGAUUUGAUGCCUGUGCAGCAGAGAUCACUUAAAAUGUUUACUUAUUUAUUAAAAGAUCCAAAUAUAAAAAAACC